UCUCGCAGAGCCGGCAGGCCCAGGUCGCGGCGAGAGGCUCCUGCGCGAGGCCGGGGCCUCAGUCCUUAAGGUAGCGGGAGCCCAUCGCAGGAUCGGCUGGGACACCAUCAGAGUUUGAAUUAUUCCUAUUAUUUAUUAGCUGUUUUAUAAAGGUAAAGAGUAAAAAACAAAACAAAAAAACACUAUGUCUGAUGAAGUUUUUAGCACAACUUUGGCUUAUACAAAGAGUCCAAAAGUCACUAAAAGGACUACUUUCCAGGAUGAGCUAAUAAAAGCAAUUACAGCUCGCUCAGCCAGGCAAAGGAGUUCCGAAUACUCAGAUGACUUUGACAGUGAUGAGAUUGUUUCCUUAGGUGAUUUUUCUGACACCUCAGUAGAUGAAAAUUCAGAGAAGAAAAAAAUGAAUGAUUUCCAUUUAUCAGAUGAUGAAGAAAAGAAUUCUCCAAAACUGUCUUUUUUGAAAACCAAGAAAUCAAACAGUGACAUAAUGAAAGAUGAGUCAGUAUUCUCCACCAAAAAUGAUGAGGAAAUGGCACCUGAUGGUUGUGGAGACAUGGUUGGAACUCCCUUAUCUGAAUCUCAAAAUAAAGACCAGGAAAUUGAAAAAGACAAAAUUAAAAUGAAACCUAAACCCAGAAUUCUUCCAGUCAAAAGCACAUCUUCAGAAAGCAGCAGUGGCCUCGAAGCAAACAACCCCUUUAAGCCUUCACCUCGGCCCCGGGGCAUGUUGAAGAAACACAGCCCUGGGGACGUGAAAGAUGGGCUAGGAGAAGAUAAGACAACUGCCCUCCAUGAACAAUUGGAGGCACACUCUGCACUGCCCCCCCUUCCAAAGCUACUAGAAGCUGAGAAAAAAUCCUUCUCCGGAAACCUGGAUCCUGAGGAUCCAUGUCUGACAAGUUUAUCAUCAUCAUCCCUUAAAGAAAGUCUUGAAGAUUCCUUUUCACCAGGAUCUGGGGGUAAAGCAUCCAUAAAAGAUCAGAAUGAAGAACUCCCUGAAAACCACAUGAAAUCAAAUGAAAAUGAAGAGAAUUCAUUUUUGAUAGACUUUGUUACUACUCCAAUUGAGAAAUCCCAGGAAAGUCACGUGAUUACUAAUGACCUUGAAGAAGAGAAGGAGAAAGCUGAACUGAUUAUGAAUGACUUAACAGUUGAUCCACCACUAUUGAAAUCUCAGAGUAUCUUAAUAUCUACUGACGCAACUGAAUCUUCAAAGAAAACCAUUGAAGACAGAAAUAUGAAGAAUAAAAAGUCAACCAAUAAUAGAGCAUCCAGUGCAUCUGGCAGGUUAAUGACCUCUGAGUUUUUAAAGAAACCUAGUUCUAUAAGGAGACCUCCAUCGACAACUACCUCUUCUCACUAUUUAGGGACUUUGAAAGUCUUGGACCAAAAGCCUUCACAGAAACAGAAUGUAGAACCUGAAAGAGCAGACAGCAUAAGGGCAGCUGUUUACCAGGAGUGGUUAGAAAAGAAAAAUGUGUAUUUACAUGAAAUGCACAGAAUUAAACGGAUCGAAAGUGAAAACUUAAGAAUCCAAAAUGAACAGAAAAGAGCUUCUAAGAGAGAAGAAGCGUUAGCAUCCUUUGAGGCCUGGAAGGCUAUGAAAGAAAAGGAAGCAAAGAAAAUAGCUGCCCAAAAAAGGCUUGAGGCAAAAAACAAGAAGAGAACGGAGGAAGAAAAUGCCGUGAGAAAGGGAGAAGCGCUGCAGGCCUUUGAACGAUGGAAGGAGAAAAAGGUGGAAUAUCUUAGAGAGAAAAAUAAGAAGGAGAGAGAAUAUGAAAGAGCAAAGAAGCAGAAAGAGGAGGAAACGAUUGCUGAGAAAAGGAAAGAUAACCUGACAGCCGUUGAGAAAUGGAAUGAAAAGAAGGAUGCUUUUUUCAAAGAAAAGGAGAAAGAGAAAAUAAAUGAGAAAAGAAGAGAAGAACUGAAAAGAGCAGAGAAAAAAGAUAAAGAUAAGCAAGCCAUUGAUGAAUAUGAAAAAUGGCUGGAAAAAAAAGAAAGGCAAGAAAGAAUUGAACGAAAACAAAAGAAGCGUCAUUCCUUUCUUGAAAAUGAGGCACUUCCUCCCUGGAGCCCUCCAAGCAGAACUGUGUUCUCAAAAGUGUUUUGAUGAUUCUCAUUUUUACAUUAUUUAGUUAUUUAUCAAUUCUCCAUUUUAGCCACUAUUUAUUCAAUUAGUUAUAGUUAGAAGAGUCUAUUUUAAUUAAGUGCCAGCCAUUUCCACUGACAAUGGGAAAAAUGCUUUGGUGUUUAAUCAGUGAAAUGAUUGAAAGCAUUUUUUUGGACUGUAGAUAAACUGCCUCAAAUGAGAAGGUAAAAAUCAGAUUGCUCUUACCAUUCUAAUGACUCUAUCAUGUCCUCACAGUCCUUACAAUCAGAUGAUCCAUGGUCACUUUCUCUAAGCUGUGCAUGGUAUUUAAGUGUGUUUAUUCCCCAGAAUGAAAAGGAAACCAUCUAGGUACUAUAAUCAUUGAAAUAAUUGAAUCUCUGAAUGAUUGUGCAUCUAGAUUCAGGUUUUAAAAGGAAUCGUUGCUGGAUGUGUGUGUGUGUGUGUGUGUGUGUGUGUGUGUAUUAUUCCCCCCCCAAAACUGAUCUUAAGCUCGAGCAGUUGCACUUAAACUGUGCAAGUUAGAGUUUCAGUCAGUUGAGGCAGUAGUUCAGUAGAACUUGAAUCAUCAAGGCAUUUUAUUUAAAACGUUUGCCUUAUGUUUUAAUAUGAGUUUUAUCUGUCUCAGAUCUUAACGUGACAAUCGUAGGCACUUUAUAAUGACUAGACCUCUGAAAUUUGUCUUCUAAAUUCUAUCUCACUUUAUUAUUUCAGUGGUACCAAAAAAAAAAAUAUAUCAAUUUCUUGGUAGUGAAUAUACUUACACAGUAGUUAUGGAAAUUCCGUAAGAGCUCAAGGUCAUUAUCACUGUUAAUAAUUUUUUCCAGACUAAAGCCAUAAAGGUGAUAAAGGCAAUUUUUGAUCUCUUAGCUUAUCCCAGAGUCUUAAAGCUUAUAUUUAGAAGACAGCUGUAUAGGAAGACAAUUUGUAGAAAAUGCCCAAAGAAUCUUUAUUUAUUUAUCUGAUCACUGCAUAUCUUUAUAUUAGUUGGACUUGUACUUGAACUGCUCAGCUAGUUUAUCACAGACCAAAUGUAUGCUCUCAGAGCUGAAAUACUACUUUAGCCAAUGAUGCCAUGCAAUGAUGGAUGAGAAUAAAUAAUUACUAUUUAUUAAGCACCUAAUGUGUACCCUCUGCUGGAUCUUUACAAAUGUCAAUUCUUAUCUUUACAGCAGUUAUUCAAUUUAGGUGUUAUUUUGCAGAUAAAAAGUCCUGAGACUUGGAGAAAUACCUUGCCAUACAUUUAGCAUGUGACUGAAUUGGGAUUAGAAUUAAGUCUUUCUCCCUCCAGAAUCAAUAUGCUCAUUUUUAUGCUCUGUAUUAUAUCAACUUUACAAACACAUUUUACCUCUCAGAUCCUAAAAUCAUGUAUUGUUAUCCAGAGAUUAUCUUUCCUUUAAGAAAUAUCUGUUUGUUAUUAGAGAUGGUGAACUUUAUUAGAUCUAUGAAAUGAAAGACGUUUCCAUAAUAUUUAAAGAUAUAGUCAAAUGCCUUGCACCUACUGUUAGAAUGUCAGGAAAGCCAGCAGGUUGUGGAACAUAGCCUUUCAGAUAGUCACUCAGGAGGUUUCACUCAGAGGAUUAACCUCGGUGUGGUGUGUGUGCAAGAUAAGGAAGAUCUCAUGGAUCACUUUCUAUGAUCACAUUAGUGCUACAGAUAAAUUUGUUUUACAUUUAUAAACAAAACUAGAAGCCUUUUUAUACUGCCAGGAACUAGGAGCAUACUUCAAACUUGAAACUAUGAUUAUCAAUGUGUAUUAUCAGUAUGGGAUUUAGCUCCUUUCUUUUUCACCAAAUAUAUAUAUGGUGCCUACCAGAAUGAAUCGUUGUUUCUGGUAUCGAAUUAGCUAUUCAGAGCUAAAAAGGUAUUUGCAAAUUUCAGGAAAGUAAAAGAAAGAAAGAUCAGGGAUAUGAGAUCAUAAAUGUAUGUGUCAUAAAUUUCAUAUUAAAUAUUUGCUUAAACUUC